CUCUAGCCUGGGAACUGGCAAAGUCAAGACAAUCAAGAUGACAAACGAACCUAUUAAAGAGAUCCUGAGCGCUCCAAAGCAUCCUGAUUCUGUAACCACGGAGAAGAGUAAUAACAAUGACUGUGUGAUAACCACCAUCCCUCUUGUCAGUGAAUGCCAGCUGACUGCAGCAACAGGGGGAGCAGAACUCUCCUGUUACCGCUGUACCGUUCCCUUCGGUGUGGUUAUCCUCAUAGCUGGCAUUGUGGUCACUGCUGUGGCAUACAGCUUCAAUUCCCAUGGAUCGAUCAUCUCAGUGUUUGGGUUAGUCCUCUUGUCAUCAGGACUCCUUUUGCUGGCUUCUAGUGCAGUAUGCUGGAAAAUCAGGCAGCAAAACAAGAAAGCGAAGAGGCGGGAGAGCCAGACAGCGCUUGUGGCAAAUCAGCGAACCUUGUUUGGUUAAAGAUGACCAAGAGAAGGCUGGACAGAAGACAGAACCUUUGUAAGUCAACUUGACUAUUUAUCAGUAGGAGAGACUGCAGGUUUUAAUUUAACUUUGGAAAUGAACUGAAAUGAGAACGGAGUGGAUUAAGAAAUACUCUUAAAAACUCUGCAAGUGCUCUUAAUAUUUUUUUCUUUACUGCAGACUUGGUAGAGAUUCUUUCCAAGACAGAGGAAAAAAACACUUUUCCCUCACAGAAAACAGUGUCGUCAUAACCGCAAUCAUCGUAACUGCGUUCUCCGACCUGCUGACCAUGUUGGAAAGGGAACUUGUGAGAACUAAGAAAAUAAUUUGAACUGACUUGAAAUGCAGAGAUCUCCUUAAAAUACACACUGUGACAUUUGACCAAGGGAGAAGUCAUAGCAUUUGAAGUGACUGCAAGCUUAUGGCCAGAUUGUCUGUGACUUAACUGG